GAACAGACACCACAUCAGCGAGAGAAGAGCUGCAUCCCCUCCGCAUACAUUUCUCAACACUGGAAUGUUAUUCUGAAUUUAUUGUGGAGGGAAGAUAUUUCUACGGGCUGAUUUUCCUCACUGAUGACUGGAAGGAGAGACUUUUGGCAGUUACUGUGUGGAUUAUGAUUGAAUGAUAAUGUAUAUCUGGAUACCAGACAUGGAUAUGAGCAAUAAGACACUGAUUCUUGUCUUUCUGAUUAUCUACAUAAACUUUGUGUCAGCAGGCCAGAACGUCCCUCAGCCUGGCGAGGUGCAUGUGAAUAUUUUGGAUGGAGAGGUAACAGUACUUUGGAAACAACCAGCGGACGCCCCCUUAAACUCCCGCUACAAUGUACAAACGGGAAAGUACAUUGGGGAUUGGGCCAUAGUGGACCACUGCACAGGGAUCAAACAGACCUACUGUGACCUCAGCAGCCUUGAACAUGAAUAUUCCACUACCUACAAGGUCAGAGUUCAGCUGGUUGCAGGAGAAGACAAGUCUAUGUGGACAAAAUUUACAAAAUUUACCCUAAAUACAAGCAAAUUGCAGCCUCCCUCCUUCACCUUAUGGACUACUUCCAACACUCUGACAGUUUAUGUUCACCCAAAACCUUUUCUGAAAGCAAUGUUUCCUUUUGGACUCACCUACACCAUCUAUCUGGAAGAGACAGGACAAGAUAAAAAGAAUACUACAGCAUACCUGGUAGAUGAUGUGGGGGAAAAUCAGAGGACUAUGUCUUUCAGUUCCCUCCGCUGGGGGAGAGAGUACUGUGUCAGCAUCAAGGUGGAGGGAAAUGGAGCUCCUUCCACCAACAGUGUGUCCCCUAAACAGUGUCUGCAGCUGCCAGAGCAAGAAUUAAAUAAAGAAAUAAUUGCUGUGUCAUCCCUAUCUAUUCUGGGUGUGUUGGCCAUCAUUAUCAUAGCAACCACCAUCCUAUGUUACCUGAAACAGCCAGAGAAAACGCCUGUUGCAUUGAAAUCCCCUGUUAGUGGCUGGCUUCCACUCUCUGUUGGAGAAGGGGCUGUGGAGGUUGUUACUGACAAAGGAUGGUUCCUGUCCAGUAGCAGAACACCACUGAAAGAAUGUGUCAAAGAUCAAGUGACACAUGUCACGAUAAAAGAGGACAAUGAUGCGGAGGACAGGAGGACCAGCUUGGACAGUGGGGUUGGCAUGGAGUCCAACUCUGCUACAAACACCGGAGAAAGUCCUCCAAUGACACAUGAGGACAGUGGCUGUGGGAGCUUGGGAGGACCAGAAAGCUCCACUAGCUGUCAGACAGAUUACCCCCAGCAGGAUGAGAGGACUGGUACGGACAUAACUUGGACAAGGAAGGACAGUGGGAUGGGGUUGGCCUGCCAACUUGAUUCUUCUUCCAUAAUUCUGGAUGGACAGGACAGUGGGUCUCUUAAGGUUGCUGGGAGAAGUUAUCGGAGCCAGUGCCGCUCUGUUGUGCAGAUUCAUGUCUGUGAUGAUGAUGAGGAGUUCAAACAGAUGCUUCUUGACUCAGUUUUGGCCGAAGUGGUCACAGGUUACAGGGCUGGACCUCAAUCGUGUAUCUGCUCAGGAGCAGGUCAGUGCACUUGGUGCCAUAAACAAGGCCAUUAUGGAACGGAAGUUAUCAAACAAUACAGAGCUGUGUGUAUAGAAAAUGGACUACUGAGCAGCAAAUGUGAUUUUGUGGACUCUCACAAAGGGGAGCUUACCUUUUCAAAUUAUUCUAAAACAACACAAAUGGACACUGUCAUGGUGGAUGACUUAGAAACAACUUUUUUACAACUGGGGGACACUUUCCCUCUGCUAACAGCUCUAUCACCUCUACCCCUAGUGGAGGAAGGAAAAGACCUCAAUAUGAACAAUAUGUCCCUGUCUCUGUGUGAUGUACAGCUGAAGACUGAAUGACACGCUGUGGUGCAAAAAUGCUAUUUAUGUAACUAUGUUGACAUAACUUGAGUGCUCCAAAAGAGCAAUGUUCUCCCUUUUCCUACAUGACACACUUUUAGAAUCAUGAAAGACAAGCAUAAGUUAGUAUUUGGGGGUAGAGGAACUGUUCCAGUAUAGA